ACGUUGGAGCUCAAUGAUGGGAUUUUUUCAUUUGUUGUGAACAAGUCGCGUGAAUAGGUCGCGAUCAUCGAAAACUCGCUGACGACCGACUUUGGUGGCUUUCGAUACAUAACGUACGUGCUACGUAGCACUCGCCGCGGUGUCUAUGUGUGUGUGUAGGAACCGUUUUGUAAGAACUAACCAACGACUGACGGUUUGCAGUGUGUUUAAUUGAAGAAUUACAACAUUUCGGGAAAGUUCGAUUGUGUGGACACGUCGCGUUGGGCAGAUUGUUUAGCUUUCUUUCUAACGAGCCAUUGUGUACAGUUUGUGGCGAAGAGUGUUGUUUAAAAUUGUGGUGAGUGGCAAAAAAAAGUGUGGGCCCCCAAGUGCAUUGAAUGCGGGCAGUUUGAUGAUCGCAGCAUAAACCGAACCAGAAGAACCUUUCGAAGUGUGGGUUUUCUUCUUCACAAAACAACAAACCCCCCGACAACACAACAAACCAGAGCGCAUCCGGAAACCGAUUCCACACGAUGGGACGAGUUGGAGUGCGCCGUCAACCGGCGACAGUCAGCAGCGGAUGCCGUACGGGGCGAUUGAUGACACUAACGGUGCUGUUUGUUCUCGGCACGAUCUUCAUCGGUCAGGCCACAGGUCAGGAUGCGGAGUUCGCACCGCACGUUACGGCCACCUGCAAGUCCGGCACGAUGAACAUCAAGAUACAGUUCGCGGGCCCCUACAACGGUGUGGUACACGCGCGAGACUUUCGGACACCGGCCUGUAUGACCUUCGGUAACGGCUCAGCUUCGCUCGGUCUCAGCCUCAACCUGCUCGCCAAGUCCGGCAACAGCGAGUACUGUGGCAUUCUCGUCAGCAACGUGAGUGGUGGUGAUCGCACGGAAGAACGCUCCGUACAGUUGGCUGUCCGUGUGCACAAAACGUUGGAACUGGCGGACGACAAAUUCUACGUUAUCACAUGUGGCAAAACAGGAUUCGCUAGGGAUGAUAGCGGUGCGGUAGCAUUGAAAUUCCUCGACAGUACUGGACGGCGUGUUCGGGAAACGGUUUACAACCGGGAGUACACGAUCAAGGCGGAAGUGACCAAUCCCAAUGGUACGUACGGCAUUCGGGUAAAGAAUUGCUUUGCUUUCAACAAGAAAAACAUGUCCGUGGCACUGAUCGACGAGCGGGGCUGCCCGUUGAAAAAUGACACGAUGACACGGUUCCGUACGAGUGAAGAUGGUACCAGCGCUACGGCACAGAUUAUGUCGAUGUUUAAAUUUUCCGAAGGCUCGGAAGUACACUUCCAGUGCGAUGUGGUCCAGUGUAAUGGGCGGUGUCCCGAGCUGGACGAAGCAAUAUGUACCGGCGAUGCGAAUGCGUUCGUCAAAUCGGCCCGCUCCUUAGGUACGGUCGACGAUGGAAUGUUGCUGGCGGCCACCACCGUUUUUGUGAUCGAUCCUGCCUUUGCACCUGUUAUUUCAGCGAUCUGUGACGACACUGGAAUACGUCCACACUGGCUAUUAUGGCUGACGAUCGCACUUGGCGUGCUGUUUUUGAUCAUGCUGCUGAUGAACAUUUUCCUCUGUACGGCCAUGAGCUGCAGCUGUGCACAGACUGAGAUCAUCGAAAAGGAACCGUCAAUCAUCGAAGAGUACGAUCCGUACCGAAGUUGGCACGGGUCACAGUACGGAUCGCGUUACUCGCUGCAUGGUGGCCGUGAGGGUGGCCACAACAAGGGCUACACGAGCGGUGGCAGUACGAUCCACUCCAACCGAUCGCUGCCCAUCGAUUCGGACCAUUACGCGAUCGUACACAGCCGGCCCGGUUCACGCCAUUCCGGACUGCACGGACAUCGGCCACGCGGCCCACCGAGCAAUAUGUAAAGAAUGCAUUAGUGUAGGGAAAAAAUCGACCACUUGCCCCCAAAAUCGAUUAUAUGGUUGCCUUCUUUAACCAUGUUUUUUUUUUGUUUGUCUCAACCUUAUGAAUAUGAGGAUCGAUGGUUUAAAUGAAGAUGCGGAAGCAUCGAAAUUGCGCACAGAGAAAUUGUACAUAACCGAACGUGCGUAUAUGCCAAUGGUGUGUGUGUAUGUUUUAAUCUUAAUCAACCUACACUCUCCGGUACUCCGGGAGCACAAUCAGAGUAAUCGAUCAUCCUCUGUCCAAUCGAACAAAUAAUGCGAACGAAAGAUUUCAAGUUCUACGUAAGUGUGUAAUAGCAUACGGGCAAUCGGCGGAAAGCGAUGCAAAUGAAAUGGUCUUAACUUAACUUAUACACAAACCCGGUACGCA